GGUCCGGGUUUUACCUGCGGCGCAACCUCGCCCCCUGCCUCACGCUCUCUAACUAGACCUCCUGAGCGCGCUCGCACUUCGGCGUCCCGUGCUCACGGAGUUUGCGUGCGUUUCUUUCUUUUGGCAAAUAAUUCCUAGACGGGAGGGUAAAAAUGACAGUGUGAAAAAAACGACUCUGUGAGGUUGAUCGUCGCCGCUUCAGUCUCCGGGAGCCAUCAUGAGGUCCCCGCGACUCUGGGUUGCGAUGUGUGUGAUGACUGUGUGUUACCAGCUCGGUACUUCCAGCAGAUACGGUUGUCUGUUUGAGAAGAGGCUGUGCCCCAGGGAUCAGUUGUGUUCAGAUGAUGGGCUAUUUGGACAGUGUCGGGCGGCGUCUCAGCAGGAGGUGGUUCAGUAUCAGGUUUCUGUUCCUGUGUUGCACAGACUGCAGGAGGUGCUCAAGGAGCUGAUGGUGCAAGGACUGACUUGGAAGGAUGACAUCACGCAGUACAUCAUCUCUCAGGAGCUCAAAGACGUGCCGUUGGCCCAACCCCCACUGAAACCUGGAAGCAGCAAUCCUGACAAGCUGUCUGAGCGCUCAGAGUCCACCCCUAAGCCCUGGAGAGCGGCCCCCAGAGCCCAGGCCAAGCAGAGCCAGCCCGACCCCAACGCCGUGCAGCGCUACCUGGACUACACCAUCCUGGAGCCGCCCCAGUCCCCACUACACAUGCAGAGCCUGGAUCCAUACACCUACCAGCAGUACACUUACCAAGAUGACCAGGAGCGCUCGCUGAACUCGGUGAAUGGGGGGCGAUACCCGCGCCCCUCCUCUCGUUCGGGGGUCAGUCAGGGUGCCCGUCCUCAGGAUCUGGACCGUCAGGUUCUGCAGGACCUGGUGUCCCUCUACCUGUCUCCUCCUGCACCGCCGGCCUCCCGCCACCGGGUGGCAGCACCCCUCUCCUCGUCCUCUUCCUUCUUCCCUCUGGAUUACACAGAGGACUACAUCUCCCAGGACCUGGAGGUCAGCAAGCAGCAACAGCUGGAUAAGAAGGCCCCCCAGGACUACGGCCCUCUGUCAGAGCUAGAUGAUGACAGUCUGCAGAAGGUCAGCUUCCUGCUGCAGAAAUAUGGCAUCUCCCUGAAAGAUCUGACCCCAGACCAGCUGGAGAGUUUGUCGGAGGCUCUGGACAUGCUUCAGGUGGACAGCAUGGACACAGACGCACACGCACAGCAGGGCACACAGGGUGAGAAAAAUGGAGACUCCAGUCCUAAAAAAGUGCUGAAGCUCACCGAGGGAUCAAUGACUCACGUUGUGGAGAAAGCCUCUGCCCCCAAACCAUCUGCCCCUGGGCCCCAGGGCACCCCAGAGGCCCCCAAAGCCACCCCACCUGCCCCAGCCCAAGCCACCCCACAGGGGCCCGCCGCGGCAGCACCAGGGGUCCUCCAGAGCAAGAUGGCCGCUGCAGCCCCCAAAGACGAGGCGCCCAGCCACUUCAGGGAGGAGUACGGCUAUAUAGUCACCAACCAGAGCCCCCUCAAUCUGUAUGAUGGGGUUCACCUGCUGGAGACUCUGGCCAGGAGGAUCCACCUCACCCCCUCCACCUUCAUCAAGAUCAGUGUGGUGGGCCCAGCACUCACAUUCCGUGUGAGGCCCAACGAUCAGAACGCCACGGCACAGGACGUCUCUGACAAAGCAGUGGCGGAGAAGAACUUCCUGGAGUCCGAGACGGGUCUGACGAUUCUGCAGGCUGGCGUGGGGGAGAAGAAUGAUGGGCGUGCGUUGCCAGUGGCAACCCGAGUGCGGGACGGCAGCCGCUGGGUGUUCCUCACGCUGGUGGGCGUGGCAUGUGUGGGCGGGAUUCUGGUGGGUGCGUUGACCAUCGCCUGCCUGCGGAACCACGCCCGCAAUCUGGCCUCCACCAAGCUGGGCCUAGGACCAGAGGCCGGGGGGGUCACACACUUCGAGUACCAGGAUCUGUGUCGUCAGCACAUGGCCUCUAAGGCUCCUCUGGGCCGUGCAGAGAGUGGUAUGGGGGGUGCAGGCGGUGCUGUGAGCGCAGGUGCCCCUCGUGGGGCAGUUGGGGGUGUGGCGGGGGCAGGAGGCGGGGCGGGAACGGACACGUCCCGCGUGAGCAGCGUCUCCUCGCAGUUCAGCGACGCCCCUCAACCCAGUCCCAGCUCCCACAGCAGCACCCCCUCCUGGAGCGAGGAGCCGGCGCAGUCCAACAUGGACAUCUCCACUGGACACAUGAUACUGUUCAUGAAAAGCAUUUGUGUGUUUGCUGCAGAUGACCAUUCCCGAGUGAAACUGAAGGCUGAGGGCAACCCCUCUAGAACGGACUACAUCAACGCAAGCACUAUAAUUGAACAUGACCCCCGGAUGCCAGCUUACAUCGCCACCCAGGGUCCACUGUCACACACCAUCUCUGACUUCUGGCAGAUGAUUUGGGAGAGUGGCUGCACUGUGAUUGUCAUGAUGACCGCGCUGGUGGAGGAUGGAGAGAAACAGUGUGAUCGCUACUGGCCUGAUGAGGGCUCCUCUCUCUACCACAUCUAUGAGGUGAACCUGGUGUCAGAGCACAUCUGGUGUAAUGACUUCCUGGUGCGGAGCUUCUACCUGAAGAAUGUACAGACGCAGGAGACGCGCACGCUCACACAGUUCCAUUUCCUCAGCUGGCCUGCCCAGGGCAUCCCCACCUCCACGCGCCCCCUGCUGGACUUCCGCAGAAAGGUGAAUAAGUGUUACCGAGGACGAUCCUGCCCCAUCAUCGUGCACUGCAGCGAUGGCACCGGGCGCACUGGCACCUACAUCCUGAUCGACAUGGUGUUGAACCGCAUGGCCAAAGGAGUAAAGGAGAUCGACAUUGCUGCUACCCUAGAGCAUAUCCGAGACCAGAGACCAGGAAUGGUGCGCACCAAGGACCAGUUUGAGUUUGCUCUCACUGCCGUAGCUGAAGAGGUGAAUGCCAUUCUGAAGGCCCUUCCACAGUGAGACCAGCCCCAACAGAACACUUCCAGCCACACACACACACACACACGCACGCACAUACAUAUUCACAUAUACACACUUGCCUACUCUUUUUCUAGUGCCACUUAAAACAUUGCCAAACAUACAACCCUAUACUGUCUAUUACUAACACUCUCUCUUGUACUAUCAAAAGCCUGCCAAUCAGUAAUCACACACACACACACACACACACACACACACAACCACAUGGUGAUUGAUACCUUUGCCCUUACAAAAACAAGCUUGUGCCAGCAGAUACAAACACAUACCUCAUUCUCACUCACACACACACACACACACACACACACACACACAUUUGCCUACAAUACGUGUAAGCGUCAGAAAUGUAAUUGUCAGGAUUGACUUCCUCUCUGGGGUCGAAGCAGAGCUGUUUACUGUGCUUGCUUCUCUACCAACAUUAUCUUCUGUUUCCCUCUCGUUGUCGCGGUGAUCGCCAUGGUGAUGCAAACCUGUCCUUUGCUGCGCCCUGAUUGGUGUUUAGAAUGUUCUCCCCGUAGCCCUCCCGUGUCCUGAAAGCCAAUCAGAGAAGCCGAGAGGGAGAGCUGAGAGAGAGAAAGACAUAGAGACAUAGAGAGAGGGAGAACCUCCUCCCCUCCACACAUGCAAACACUAAAGUCUCAAGGAAAAAACACCUCCUGAAGUGCUGCGUAUGUAGCUUAGCUUAGCUUAGCUUAGCCUAGCGACAUCAUCAGUCUAUACUGACUCUACUUCUCCCCAUUUAUCCAGCAGUCUCACACACACACACACACACACACACACAUCUGUGUGUGUGCCCCCUCAGUGUUAAGCUCAUGGUCUCCAUGUUGUUGACCUUCUUCCUCCUCAUUCCUGGAUGACCCUGAGAUGCUAACGCAGCGUCCGUAGAGGUCAUUCAGGAUUCUCUCUCUCUCUCUCCGUUGCCAUGGAGACAGAGGAGCUACAGCCGAGGAUUCACCAGUUUAUUCUCACACCUGAUUAAUCAACUGUGGCUGCAUGUUUACCGUUCACCAAAUCGCUGCCCUGAAAGGUUUGCAAAUUGUGUGCAGUGUUCCUCGGAGUGAGUGGUUUGUAUUCUAGUGCAUCCAAAGCCAUUUGUGCAGGUCAGCCACACUCUCUAGUGUAGUUAGAUGACCGUUAUUUAUGUAAGAAAAACUCAUAUAAUCAUUCUCAGUCUCUAGAGUGCAGUGCCAUAGCAGUCACUGCCUGGUUUAAAUAAUGUGUCACAUCACAGUUGAGGAUAGACGACGUCUCAGGUUCUACUUUCAGUGUUUGGGUGUAGAUCUGCUGAACUGUGGGUGGGGGUUCUUUUGAGUGUGUUAAGGCAGGUGGAGUCAGUGGUUGGUUCUGGUUGGUUCUGCUGGGUUCUGGUUGGUUCUGUUCGGUUUUGCUGGGUGCCCAAAUUGUCAAGUGCUGCAGAAAGGAGUGGAGCAUAGCUGGUUCUGUAGAGUGGUUCUCUGUGUCUCUCGGUUCCUUAUGGUUCCUCUCGGUUCCUUUGUCUUUUUCCUGUGCUGCAAAUAGACUCUUGUUCUGCUUUACACGUCUAAUUGUCCUUCCUGCCUUCUGCGACUCACUCAUUCCUCGUACCAUAGAUGAUUUAUGGUUGUGUUUUCUCUUGCAAAUGAGUAAAAAAAUGAAAUAAAAAGAUAUAAAGCAUAUUAUGUACUUCAGUAAAGAUUAUAUAUCUAUUUUGUAUCUGGAUGUGAUGAUUAAUAAAACUUGUGUGUGAAGUGGUGCAACUGCA